AUGGCUACUCCUGAUUCGUCUGCCACGUCCCCGUCGCCCCCCAUGGCCUACCUCACCCAAGCGGUGCUUCCGCCCCACAGCAUGAAGGAAGUCGGCGUUGCCCAAGAAAGAGAUGACAGGAAGAAGGCUGUACAGAAGUUCAAGGCGAGGGCUGAAAUGUCGUCGGUAACCCGCGCCCUUCGUGCGCGCCUUGCAUACGCCUCAUUCAAAGCUGCAAACAAUCUCUCUCACGCCUCAUUGCGCGACCUCGAAGAGCAGUCUAAUCAACUAUACGCCCCUCCAGCUUCCCGCACCAUCUCCGCGAAACGUAAAGCCGGUGCAACCACUACUAGCGUGCCAACUAAUCACUACGCCAACUCUUCCCCCCAAUCGGGGGGGCUUCGUAAAUCAACCUCGGGCCUUGGUUCUUCUACGCAGAGGGGGAACUAUUAUCCCAGUGUAAACGGUUCCGGAUCAUCUACUUCUGCGAAUAUCGCCACUACGAGCCGACCGUAUGCAUACCCUGCUUCUCCUGCAAGUGCUUCACUUCAGGGGCAAAGCUUAUACACGUCUUUGCUUGCUCCACCACCAGCGAAGUAUGCACGCACGAUACACAACCCAAGUGAUCCACCCAUGGCUGCUCCAUCAAUGGCACUCAGUUCUCCACGCUCUCGACCCCGAGACACUAGCACGCGUCAAAAUGCUUCUGUCAAAAGCAUCGCAGAAGGCACACGCGCCCACACGAAAGGUCGGAGUGGGGAUAGCAAACAAGCUACGCCCAAGUCCAAACGGAGCCCCAAGGGCAAGCAGAAGCGGGCUGACCGCCGGACCUCCGGCACGACUAAUGAUACCGAUUCGGUCGAUGGUGAUGGCGACGUCGAUAUGAAGGCAGCAGCCGCGCUGACCUCGUUAUUAUUGCACAAUCAUCGUGGUAGCGCGUCAAUGUCUGCUGGUGCUGGCAGCGCCUCUUCCCCUCGGUCUAGCAUCGAUGGAGCGGCGUCUGAGGCGGGAUCGGCGACAUCAUUUGUUCAUUUUGUGCAUAGCUCGGGCCGACCCGUCGCCGACGUCCUCCACGCUCCAGCUGAAGGCGUGCACUAUCGACCUCACACGCCUGUGGGAGGCGCUUCUAGCGAACCGAGGGUUUCCACAACCCCGCGUCCCGACCCCUCAGACAACGAAGCUGCUGAUUUGAUGCUAUUUUUAGCCACAUCGCCAUCUCCUGCUCGACCUACCACAACCAAGGACAGGAAUACUCGAGACUUGGCUGCCUUCAGGGCGCUGGGCAGUGGCACGGACAAACCGAAAGGCCGCAUUUUGUUUCCCACCGCUGCCCCUCCAGGCGCCAUUCUUGAAGAUGUGUCGAAAACAUCUAUUGGCAGUGCAAAGCCCCUAGCGAGAGGGAGUACGGGCGACGCUAGCUUCACCUCUAGCGUGUCUAGCAUCGGUAGCUACAUGGGUGUGGACACUAGCUCCUCGCGGAUAGUCAAUUCAACCCCACGAUCGGAUCGCCCUGUUCUUAACCCCUCCCCCUCCCAGCUGUUACCACCACCAUCCUUACCUGCCCCUCGCAGCGCCGAGCCCACAGCUUCGCAGCCUCAAGGCGCCCCACGUGCGGCGCAGUCACAGAAUCCGUAUCCUACCACCACGUCCUCCGCGGAUUUCAAUAUCAACGAGUUCAUCAAUGCCUCACCGUCCCCAAGAACCAGCAAAACUGCCGCCAGCCCUUUCGACCCUAGCGGUGCUCCGAAGCCCAAUAUGAGUCUAAGGGCUGAUGUUGGUCGCAAGUUAUUCGAGGAGGAGCAGAUGAGGUUAGGAGGAGGACUCCGUAAAGGACUGAGUCAAGAGACGAUCGGUACCCCCCUUGGCGCAAGCAUCGAUCUCAACAGUUGA